AUGUCUCUUAAAAAGCACAUAGAAGAGGAUGAAGAUAUUCAUUAUUUCAAGUUUCGAUUUCAGGCCUGUAACAGUGGUAUCGACACUGGAUAUGUUGGUGGUCGACACGUCACUUCGAUGAAAAAAGCAAAUCUUGGCGUGAGCUCAAUCCAGGCAUAUUCAGCAGUCCCCACGGUAGCCAGACGACGUCGGGCACGAAGCCUUCCCGUUCGACGUAAUGACUGUUCACAGUUUGUACGAUUUCGUAGUCUACGAGAAGCGAAACCUGAAAGACGAGAUCGACGUCGACCAUUCAAAGUGGAAGUUGUGUCUAUUCCGUCAUCGACGGAUUCAAAAGUCCGACGUCGGAAGAACAUGAGAGAGCGAGCAAGGCAGCGUCUCGAAUCCCAGGGGCUAAAAGGGCCUUGGGGAAGAGAGGAUCCUCACAAGAAAACAUUAAAUCCUGAGAACAUGUCAAGGACGGAAAACUAG